AUGGAUCAGAUUUAUUGGAUGUACGAAAUACCACGUGCUACAAAGGAUUAUUUGACAUGUUUGAAUCAGUUUAUUGAAACAGUCGAGAAGUAUAAGAUUGAAAGUGGAGACAAUCAUAUUCGUUGUCCUUGUAAAAAAUGUAAAAAUAUAAAAGAUGUUAAUGAUAAAAAUGUACUUAAAGACCAUCUAAUAUGUGAAGGGUUCACUGAAAUGUAUACAUGUUGGAUAUAUCAUGGAGAAUAUUUGGAUGAUCAAGACAUGGUUCAACCUGAUUAUAAUGAAAAUGAUAAUAGCGUUUCUGACAAUGAAAAUAGUGGUGAUAAUUUGAAUGGCAUCUUACACGAUGUGGAGGAGGAGGUUGUUGACAGGGAUUUUGAAAAAUUUCAAAAGUUAUUUGAUGAGGCCGAAACAUCACUAUAUCCUGGAUCUAAAGUUACCAAACUUUCAGUUGUCUAUAGAUUGUUUAACUUCAAAGCAGGCUAUGGUUGGAGCGAUAGAAGUUUCACAGAGUUACUAAAAUUUAUGCAUGAAAUUCUUCCAAAAAAAAAUAAUAUACCGAUUUCAACAUACAAAGCAAAAAAAUUCAUGUGUCCACUAGGAUUUAAAAUUGAAAGAAUAAAUGCAUGCCCAAAUGAUUGUAUAUUAUACAGGAAUGAGUAUGCAGAUUUAGAUCAAUGUUUUAGAUGUGGUACGUCACGAUAUAAGCAAAAGAAUCAAACGGGGGGUGACAUUAAUGGCAUGAAAGAUGGGACCUCAGCUAAAACAUUGUGGUAUUUGCCAAUCAUACCAAGAUUGAAACGACUAUUUGCAAACUCUAAUGAUGCGAAGUUGUUGCGUUGGCAUGUUGAAGAGCGUAAAAUAGAUCGAAAGAUUAGACAUGUGGCAGAUUCUUCUCAAUGGAGGAACAUAGAUAUCCAAUUUGAAGAAUUUAGUGAGGAAAUUAGAGCAGUCAUCAUAGCACUUGGCCAGUCCUUUUAUGCAUUUACAAUCUUCCACCAUGGUUAUGUAUGA